ACAAAAUCCAGGUGAAAAGAUUAAAAAAGAAAGUGAUGGCUCCCAUCACUGCCCUACUGAAAUGAUAUAAGUAAAAGACAAGGAACACAUUAACGAAGCAAUUCCAAAGGCAGAAUCAUUUGCCCAGGCAUGAAGAGAACAUGUAACCAGAGAAAUUCUUUAGAGUUUCCUGAUCCUUCCCUACUCUAAAUCACCAUCGGCAUUCUCGUCUAACUUCAGCAAAGUUUGUUCCAAUCUCCAAUCUGUAUCAAGAGAACUUGUAACCAGAGAAAUUCUUAAGAGUUUCCUGAUCCGUCCCGUCUCUUCUCGUCUAAUUGCAGCAAAGCUUAUUCCAGUCCCCAUUCAGUAAGAAUACUUUUAACUUUUAUUUGGUCGGAUUUCAGUUUUCCAGCCAUGGUUUCUAGAUUCUAUUUUUGAUUUACAUAACAUUUGCAUACACACAUAGAGUAGAGCUACUAUUCAGUUCGUAAUUUAAUAUAAGAUAUAGAUAUGAAUUGAUUUGUUCAAUUCCUCAUCAAAUAUAGGAAGUAAUAUUAUCAACAUCAAAAACUUUGAGACAGACUUGCUCAAGCGAAGCAUACCAAGAAUGCCAACAGAAUAAAUUUACAGAAAGGGGAGUGUAAACAGUGAAAUCUUACAAGGUAACUUACUAUAAACCUUCGAGCAGUAGUAAUUCUGAUUUGAUUUUCUCUCUCUUCUCUAUUAUGCUUUAAAAAGAAUUCAUCCCUAUUUUUCUUAUGUCUUCUCUUAAGGUUUUUAUAUCAAUUAUUCUUUAUUUAUGACUAAUAGGUUUUUCCUUUGAUCUUAGUUGGUGAAAAUGACUCUUCAGAUUCUUCUUGAUAAUAAUCAUGAGGAAUUUCAAAUUCAAAAUUUACUCUUCUAAGCAGUAUUAUUAGGCUUGGUAUAAACACUUGAAAUACUUUUCCUACUCAAUUCUUCAGGCUAUCUAAUUGAUCUUGAAGAUCCUAGACUCAUAUUUCUAGAUAAUAAUGGUGCUUAAAAAUUUAUUUUAACAUUUCCAUCUGCGUCUUGAAUUAUACUUAUUACUACUGUCUUUUGAAUUCCUAUUGCUUUAUUUUCUUUAUUUUCAUUUAAUUCUUCAAAUCCUCAUUCCCCCGUUUGAAUCUCAUGCCAAAAAAGUUUCUUUGUUGAGAUACUAACGACGUCCUAUCAUUAUUGACAUGUAAUAAGAGGGUAGAUUAUUUAGGAGUUUCUUUGAUUGCAUUCAGGAAAACAAUUGAAGUUGUAAACUUAUAGUAGACUCUGUAAAUCAUUUCUAGAUUUGCAGACCUACUAUUCAUAUUGUAAUUUUUUUUGUUUGAAUAUGAGUUUAAAAUUUGUAUAAAGAUUUAUCAUGAAUAUCAACUCUUAUAUUUAGGUAACAUUCAAAAUAAACUAGACCUUCAGCUGUAUUUGAUUCUAACAUUCCUAAUAGAAAAUCAUUAAAUUUAUGAUGUCUUGCAUCUCUUAAUAACACACAGACUGGCUUAUUAAGAUCUGCUCUUGUUAAAGGGAAAAGUCCUACUUGAACCAGUCCUAUAUGGAUUCUAUCGUAAUUUGAUUUCAACAUUUCUAGAUCUUCUAAACUAAGCAAUCUCUUUUGUUGUCGUGCUUUGUUUGUAGCUGGUGAGUGAUGAGGUGUAUUGGGGCUUCUGGAUAGAUAAUAUUUUGGAUGCUUCAAAAUAUUCACUCUUGUUUCUGUUAGAGGAUUACAUUCUCACUUUUGCCUGUAGACAUAGGCAUACUGUCGAACCACGUAAAUGUGUUUCAUUGAGCAUUGGGUUUUAUCCCCAUUUGAACAAAUAUCGCUACACCAAAUAGCAAGAUUUUACUAUUUGAAACUUUUCUAAGAAUUUCCAACAAGUCCCAAACGGUUAUAAUUUUACCCUAACCUAUAAAUAUAGGUUCAUUUGUGUGGAUUAAGGGGAGAUUAAGAAAAAUCUGAGAUUGGUACUACAAAUGUUCAGGGAAAAGAGGUUAUAUGUUAAACUGAAGAAAUGUAAGUUCUCUGGCUGGAACAAAUUGCGUUUUUAGGGCAUGUAGUUCAAAAUAUUCACUCUUGUGCAAGUUAGAGGAUUACAUUCUCACCUUUGCCUAUGGACAUAGGCAUACUGUCGAACCACGUAAAUGUGUUUCAUUGAGCAUUGGGUUUUAUCCCCAUUUGACCCUAAAAAUACUAGGGUCAAAAUUAGGCUUUUACAAAAAUACAAAUUGACGAAAAGGAUAGAUAUAAAACUAUUUUCACAGUAUCAUUUGGAUAGUAUGAGUGGAAUGUUACGCUCUUUGGACUUGUCCCAAAAUAUCAUGAAUGAUAUAUUUUCGGUCACAAUGUAGAAAGGAACAAUUAUUCCUAUAGGUCAAAGUAUUGUAUUUGCCAACAAAUUCCCUAAUGAAAUCAAAGACAAAAAAAAAAAACACUUCAAAGAUUUCUCAAAUGUUUAAAUUAUGUCUCAAACCUUAACAAAUAUUUAAUAAAAGCCUAUAAACUGUCCAUACCAACACAAUUAGAGAAAUUAAACAAAAUGUGGAAUGUCUCCCCAGUAUGACAGUUUGAAUCCCAACACUUUUUAAGAUCACUUCUAAACUCGGUUACGGAGGAAUACUCGAAAAAUUUAUUGAUAAUCAAGAAAAAAUGUUAAGAUUUCAUUUUGGAGGAUGGAAUACGACACGGAAAAUUAUUCCAUCGUCAACAAAGAAAUAUUAGCAAUAGUUCCUUGUAUUUCAAAAUUUCAAGAGACCUACUAAACAAAAUAUUAAGAGUUGAUUGUAGAUCAACCAAGUAUGUUUUGACAAAAGAUGCACUUUGCUAGAUGUCAAGCUUUACUAUCUACUUUUUAUUCUGAUAUUGAAGAGACAUCAAAGGAGGGAAAUUCUUUGCCUAUUUUUUUAACUCAUGAAUUUUUGCAGGGAAAAAAUGGUGAAAAGAUCGGAGCCUAAUUCUAAGGACAAGUAUGCAAUGGCAAUGACAAAUAAUCCUCUUGCCCCCAGAACUCUAAAUGCACCACGGGCACGACCAUUACAACCUAAAGUUCCACCAUUGGUUCCCACUGUCUCACUUCUCCCCAGCCAACCUUCAUCAUCCUUAUCAAGACCAUCUUCCUCCUCCCAAACUAUCCCUUUUAACAAUAAAUAUUCCGUUGUGGGACAAUCUUUUCUCCCUUCACAAUCUAAAAAAAGAACCUAUAAAGACAAACCUACAAAAUCUUCAAUAGUAGAUUCAACACUGUCUCCUCAUCCUGCUAUCCAAAUAAAUCGUGAACAUUUUCCUUAUCUUACCAAACCCUAUUUUGACAGGUUCUUUAUUCUUGAGCCAGAAUAUCUCACGCUAGAGUUCCUUGACAACCCUAAAAAGAUCGUUGACAAAGUUAUUGACAAAGAGUUUCAUCGAAUUCCAGAGCAUGAACAAAAACGACAAAAUUUUUAUGAGUUCAUCUUAGUUGAUACCGAAUCAAUUGAUAUUUUUGAAUGCUUCGACAAACAUGAUUCGACAAAAUUAGCUUUUAUUAAAAUAAAAAUUAAACGUAUUUUGUCUUUAAAGCAAUGGGGAGGAAACCCCAAUUCAACAAGGAAAUUUUCCGGACCAUUCUCUCCGCCAGAAUUUAAUUACUGGGAUUAUAAGGAUGCUUGGACAAAAUCUCUUUAUAGACAAAAUAAGGGAUAUUCCCUUUCUUGGCUUAUAUAUUUUGACAAGAAUAUGUCAAUUGAAGUCCCGUAUUGGUUCCAUGAGUGGUGGGAUAAAUUUGGACCAAUCGAUGAAUUGUUUCCUCCACAACUUAAGGAAAGCUACAAACUUUGGAUUGAAACUAUCCAACUCCCAGACCACUGGAUGGAAUAUCCAUUAUUGUUUAUAUUCUACAAUCGUUUUAGCCUAACAUGGAUACUUAAGAUGGAAUAUGCAAUCCAAGACACAGUUAUAGGGCAACAUAAAGUUCCCUAUUUUGGACGACAAAUUAAGAUUAAAUGGUGGAAUGGCAUGAAUUUGAGUAAUUUGACAAAGGUGGCCAUGUCCAAAUGGUUUGAUCAAAACCCUCGGCUCAAAAAGGCUAGCUAGUUUUGAUUCUUUCAAUCCUUGAACCUGAAGUCUCUACUCUUUUAAAUCAAGAAAUUGCCUAAAGGGUUCUCUGAGUAUAUUCUCGUUGACAGAGAGUCCAUCCUCAAAAAACAUUUUGAUAAAAACAAUGACAAAAUGAUUUCCUUCUGCACCAUUGAGAAUCAAAAAAUCUUAACCCUUCAAAAUUGGAAUUAGUCAAUGCUUACAGGGAAAAGAUUUUCAAGACCAUUCAACCCGCAAGAAUUUACAUACAUCGACUACAAGAAAACCUGGGAAAGUCUACUUCGGCGCUACUCCAGAUAUCCUUCCAAGUUAUACCGAGGAAAGCUUUCAAUGCUUUUCAACAAAAAAUGAAUAUCCCUCAAGCAUAUGCAGGUUUGUUCAGAUUUAUGGUUUAGUUCAAAAUCCCUUUGAUUCUCUGUUGGGAUUAUGUUGAAAUUAAAGAAUUCAAUUUUGCCUCUUUCAUCGUUUGCCUAUUUCGAAUCAAAUGGUGGGCUAAUUUUCCACAAGAAGAUUCAAUCAAAUUAAAAGUCUUGCAGCUAUGGUUUCAAGAUACCAUUAAUCCAUCCUCAGAUUCGGAGUUCUUCAGAUGCCGCUUCGAAAAUUCUCAAAGAACCAUUAUCUUCUCUCCGAAGCAGUGAUGAUAGUAACUCAGAUAAUCUCUCAUGAAGUUUUUCAAGAUUCUCAGGGCCUAUAUGAUUUUGAUCCAAUGGCCUUUAUGCAAGCCCAUCAACAGUUCAAACUGCCUUCCACUUUCCUCAAAGGAAGUCUGGACUGCCAAAAGUGAUAAAGACAUCUCACCGCACUCUCAAAAGUUGCCUCCAUUUUCAAAAGAAGAUUUGAAAUCUCACCACUUCUCACCGACGCUUCAACCUCGAUCCUUGAUCAAAAAGUUGUGUUAUCAUUGUAUCUUCUUUUCGUGUCUAUUUAAGUCAAAAUUUCCGUCAUUUGUAUUGAGUGAAUUCAGAGUGUAAGAACUUCUACGAAGAGUGUAACUGGUGUUCCAAUAUUGUAAGUUUUUAAUUAUUUUAAGUGUCAAAGUAUCUUGUAUUAAGUAUUUUGUAUUUCAAUUAUGUUUUAGUUGUCUCUUUAAAUAAAAUUCUUUUUAUAUUUUCUGGGCAAGAAA